AUGCCCGACAACCGCGCUUGGUUCAGGUCAAUGAGGCUGCUGCACUCGCACGCAGCUACCACAGUCCCGCAGACGCCUAAUGUGUCGUCACCCAGACGGUUGCCUUAUGAGUGGGAGGAACAGAAACCAGUGACUGAAGAGCCAAGACCAGUGGUCGAGGAGCAAAGGCAAAUGGCUGAAGAGGAACGAUACUCGGCUGAGGAGUUAAAAGCAGUGGUCGAGGAGCAGAGACAAUUGUCUGAGGAGCAAAGACUAGUCGCUGAGGAGGAAAAAAAUGUGGUACGACGACACCCGCCAGGGCCCAUGAAACUCCGUUAUGCCAAGGUCCAUGGGAGAGCCCAUGAGACGUCAAGGCCGCCAGAGAAAUCCAAGACUCUAUCCAAGUCGCGGCAGCGGCAUCAAGGUCUAAAAGGUAUCAUGGUGGCCAAGACCCUCUCAUCAGACUUCAUCUGCUAUAGGGAAGGCUCGGACAUACCCGCGCCCAUUGCCCCCGAGGAUGACUUAAUGAUGUCCACAGCCCAGCAGUAUUUUGGUGAGGCUUACCAAGAGCUCUACUCUGCAUCUAGGCUGAGUGAGCAUGCUAUAAACACGGCUGUACCGGAGGUUGCACUCAUCGGUGCCAUGGGAACUCGAAAGGCCACAUUCAUCAACGGUCUGUUUGGACUCCCCGACAACUACGGUGUUGACUCUUUACAUGACGAGGUCAUCAAGAUGACUAUGUACGGGGUCAAUUUCCCCGUCGGAUCCCAAUAUGGGAAAGACCUGCCCAUAAUGUCAAGACCGCAGAACGGGUUCAUUCUCGCGGAUACUCCUGAAUACGCCCUCAUCAAGCGUCCUUCCUGGGGCAAAGAGGUGGUGAAUUAUCUGGACAAGCGGGAGAAUCUCAAGGGCGCCAUCCUCCUCCUCUCACUAUCGAAACCCUUUCGCGAGAUGGACAGGUGGGUGCUGCGCCAUCUCGCUCACAAAAAGGUCAACACGAGCGUUAUCCUCACCGGGGCACAGUACUUCCCCAAAAGGUGGGAAGAAGUAGCUGCAGAGCGUGCUCGGCAGGUUCGUCGGGAGAUGAUCAGCCUCGACGUAAGGCUUGACAACGGAUGGGUUAGAAAUAAUGGAUGGAUGCCGGACAUACACGUCGUGGCUCCAGGGAUGGAGUUCCAGGCCAGUGUUGGCAACGGAGGCGGACUGGGAGGCGCUCGAAAAGCUAUCUUGGAGUUGGCUGGGUUCGAUCUGACCAAGCCUUUCCAGAAGGACACUUCGGUCAGAGGUAACCUCGACCACGUUGUAUCAUUUGAUACUCCAGAAGCAUGA